AUGGAAGGCACUCAUACUGUCCUCCAGUUGCACAAGCCCAUUAUGGAGCUUUGCUAUGUCAGUUUCUAUCUUCCAAAGGGAAAAGUCAGGGGAUUUACAUAUACAGGCUGUGUAACUCUAGACGCAUCGAAUAAACGUUUUCAUAAUUGCUAUCAAGUGAGGGAAGGCUAUGAACAGGCAGGAUUGAGAGCACAGACCUGUGAAAACAUUGGAGAUAUCUUUUUCAAACAAACAACAACUAAGGAUAUUCUCACUGAACUGUAUAAACUAAAUGCUGAGAAGGAAAGGCUCCUUGCUACUCUUCUCAGUUCAACCAACAUUCUAGGUGUUAAAAUGGGAAAUCAGGAUGGAAAGCUGCAAGAAGUUUCUGAAAGCCUGAAAUAUAAAGACGAUGACCGCCUACAUCCACAAGGGUCUCUUUUGGGAUCCAUGGAGAAGAAGUCCAUUCUGAAAAACAAAAGAAACAGCAAACGGAGAGACAGCAUUGAGGACUUCAUGAACAAAAAAUUGAAAAGAAAGAUGCCUGCAGUUUUGGAACGUCCAGCACCAAACUGCAAAGAAAUAUUAUUGGAAAAUAACAAAUUACAUUCUACCAAAAAUUCUGCUAAUGUUUCCUCUGUUCUUUUUACAAAUUCUUAUCAGAAGAAGGUGGAAGGCAAAGAUGAUUUGUUAUCAGAUGUGAAUAAACUGCCGGAAAGAUCAAGGAAAGAGUACUUGCUUGAGGACAGUCAAGCAAUAGGAUCUGAUACAGAUCUUUCUCUUUCUUUCUCUGAAUAUGACAAUGAUGUGUUUGGACACUGUUUUGCACAUUCCAAUCAUAGUCUCUUAGAUGAUGUAGAGGAUGCCCUUAAAGUGAACCAAGUGCAGCAAAGCAGCCCUUUGCAGAACACUUUUCAAGAAACUUCCAUUAAAAAACCCAAGGCCUUUGAUAAGACUGUGGCAUCUGAGGUGGUGCAUGGGUAUAAUCUUGCAGAAAACUGCAAAAGCAAACAUAAAGACAAAGACAGAAAAACACAAGAUUUGGAAGACCAGCUACAGAAUGUUGACAGCACUUCUAUAGAAUUUGGUGAAAGAUCUUAUGCCAUGAAUAACAUGAGCAAAGAAUCAAUGGGUUCUGUUUUUGCUAGCAUGAUACCGGAGAAAGCACAUGAAGGCUGUAUUCAACACAUUAAAGAAGAACAAGAUCAUGUUGUUAAUGAACGAUAUUGUUUAGAAGGAGCAAUCAAUAAAACGUUACUGAAAGUUAUACAGAAUGAUAGAUUAGAUGACACUGCUGAAUGGAAGAGAUUCCAGCACAUAUCAAGCCCAACAGGCUUGAUACAUGAAAAACGGGCUCCAGUACCCCAAGCGAACAAGCAUUUGGCUUUACACCUGCCAAUAAAUGUGAAUCCUGAUAUUUGCCAGACCAGGACCAACAUUAAGCAAGAGGAUAAAGGGCCACUGUCUCCAUCGUUACUAGCAGUUAGCAAUGUUUUUAAUACUUCAUAUCCACCAUCCAAUACACACAAGCAGAUGUCACCUCUUCCUUCUCCUCUGUCUUCAAGCCUGCCUAGCCCACAGCUGCACCACAGAAUACUUCCGUUGCCUGCACAGGACACUGAAGAAUCAGUGCUUCGUGAGCAUCACAAUUCAGGUCAUUCUGCUACAAAGUUCCCAUUGGGGAAAGACUUGAAAGUACAGUUGCAUCCCAGUUUUUCUGAUUUUGGACAUCCUGGACUUUUUAUGAGACAACCAGGCCUAUAUCAGGAUGCUAGCGUGGACCGUCCUGAAAAAAGUAGCCCUCCAGAAAAAAACAGUGUUCCACUACAGCCUCAACUACAUUCAGGUAUUACAACAGAAGCUGCUUUGAAGAAUGACUUCUCAGAACAGGCAGCUAAUAUGCAUGUCAUAAAUAGAGAUGAUGAUGCCUGGGUUUUAGAUUGCAGGUUGGAACUAUCCACCCAUUUCAGUGAGUCAGGAAGAGCCGACAGAAAUGUGCUUCAUCUAGACCUAAAUUUUAUCCCUGUGCCAUAUCCCACACCCAGUACCAGGAGCAGAUUUUUUAGGAAACUGAAGUGGGAACUCUCCUCCAAUCAUAGGCGAUAAUUGAGGAUCCAAGACAGUGUGAUGCAUGGCUUAGAUUUCUUGAUCUAGCAAGAUGAAACCUGCAGCAAAGCGGAAGCGUGAAAUUUUUUUAUUCAGCUUCAAGGGCUUACUCAAACUUUUCAGCAAUCACCACGCUAAAGAAGUUUAAAAGAAGGCAUGUUGAUUUUGAAAUACUUUUCU